CACAAGAAAAAAUCUCAACUCACAUUCGCUUUUCGCUAUGAGCACCAAAAAAACGCGAAAAUUUUGCUUUUUUUUUCAAUAAAUAAUUAUUUUCUUUUGUUUAUUUUGUUCUCAAUACAAUAAUCAAUUUGAUUAUCAUCAAUUUAGCUUAAAAAUAAAUCCCACAAUAAGUGAAUUAAAUCAAAAAGAUACAACCUAGGAAAACGAAAAGUGUCUGCCCCAAAUAUAAAAGUGAAACGAAGAAAAUAAAAAUAUUCCACAAAAGAAUAGAGGAAAUAAAAAGUUUUUGUGUUUUAAUUUUUAUUAUUUUAAUUUGUUUUUAUUUUUAUUUGUUUUAUUUGUUUCAAUUGAAAUCGACGACGCGAAGUGAAUUAUAUGCUUGCUUUCCUAAAACGCAACAAAUUUGCUUCAAUUUAUUUUUAAUAAAAGAAAAGAAGGAAAAGAAGUUUUGUGUAUUCAACCCGAUUUUACUUCGGGGUUAGAAAUAAAAAAAAAAAGAAAUUCCUAACCAUUUUAUCCUAAGAUCCAACGUCGACGACGAAAACGUGCUUGGAGAACAUUUUUCCCAAUCAUAUUUUCAUAAUUAUUAAAAUUAUUCUCCAUUCCGCAACUCAACCAACCUCACACAACAACGACGAACAAGACAAGACCGAGGAGGGAAGAGGAAGGAUAAGUCACAAUUAGUCAACUCAGUCGUUUAAAAAGCACACAGAUUCCAACGGAAGCCAAGUGGAAUUCAAAUUGAAUGUCCAUCGUUUGUUGCGCUAACAAUAUUCAAACAUUUUGAAAUCACGCAUUUUAACACGCACCAACAAUUCAGAAAAAUAAAACAUCACAACGGAAACCUGUCAUAUUUUCCGAAGCAGCAAUUAAAUCGAUGUUUGCGAAUCUCGAACAAAACAUCGUCAUUUAGAAGCAGCAGAAAAAUCUAAGAAAACUAACAUCGCCAUCGUCGCCAUGAAAGAUGUCCACCUCAUCAAUAAUAAACAACCCAUCACAAGCAAUAAUGACCAUCUUCCAGGCUCAUACAGUCAUAUAAGAGCCUUGGUACGAAGUAUCCACGAUGCUGGGAUUACAGAUGCAUCGUCAACAAACCUCAAUUCACCCCUCAUUGAAUCGCAUUCACCAUCAGGAGGAGUAGGCAAUAGAGAUGAUGGCGAUGGGGCAGUCAUUGAACCUGAUGUUGAUGCCGUGUUGAGUGUAGAAGUGGUGUCGUUGCAAAAAAUUGUGCCAACGUUCCUAAUAAGCGAUCCCGGGAACAAUGGAUUGUCCUCAAAUAACGUAGAUGCCCAUAGUCCCACAAGACGUUUCAGCCAGUUUACUCUUGGACUCCGGCGGUUCUCUGCGAACCUUAAUCGAUACGGUGAUUCUAUGGGUUCAUUAGGACACAGAGCACUACUGCAGUAUAUUGACUCAAAUGAUCUCGCAGGACUUAAAUCGGUUUUAGAUAACCGUCAUCUGGCCAUUGAUGAUCGAGACGAGAAUGGAACCACUGUACUUAUGGUUGUAGCUGGACGUGGUCUUGCUCCGUUUGUUCGAGAGUUCAUAGCUCGUGGAGCUGAUGUACAGGCGGAGGAUGCUGAUAAUUGGACGGCACUUUUGUGUGCAGCCAAGAGUGGUCAUUUAGAUAUUGUGAAAAUAUUAUUGGACAAUGGAGCUGAUAUUGAACACAGGGAUAUGGGCGGCUGGACAGCCCUUAUGUGGGCAGCCUACCGUGGUCACACGGAUAUUGCACAACUCCUGCUGGAAAAAAAUGCCGAUGUCAAUGCCCACGGCAACUAUCAUCUUGGCCCUCUACUAUGGGCUGCUGGGCGUGGUCACAAAGAAAUUGUCGAAAUGCUUGUACAACGCGGGGCAAAGGUCAAUGUGGGUGAUAAAUAUGGAACUACAGCUCUAGUUUGGGCUUGUCGCAAGGGUAAUGCUGAAGUUGUGGAAAUCUUACUUAAAGCUGGUGCCAAUGUUGAUACAGCUGGCAUGUACUCAUGGACGCCGCUUUUAGUUGCCACCUCAGCUGGUCACACUGAUUGUGUCUCAGCACUGCUUGAAAAGAAACCCAAUGUAAAUGCCCUGGAUAAAGAUGGCAUGACAGCGUUGGCAAUAGCUAGUAGAGAAGGCUUGCAAGAUAUUGUGAGUUCCCUGAUUGGCACAGGAGCCUAUAUAAAUAUUCAAGACCGUGUUGGAGAUACACCGCUCAUUCACGCCGUUAAAGGCGGUCAUAGGGGCGUUGUCGAGGCUUUGCUGAAGAAGCACGCUGACGUCGAUAUUCAAGGCAAAGACCGAAAGACUGCAUUGUAUACGGCUGUGGAGAAGGGCCAUACGCAAAUUGUGAAAAUCCUUCUCUCUUCAAAUGGUGAUUUGGAAUUGGCCACAAAAGAUGGUGAUACAGCCUUGCUGCGAGCUGUCCGAAAUCGCAACCUAGAAAUGGUACAAAUGUUACUGGACCGUAAAGCAAAGGUGACAGCAAGUGAUAAGCGCGGAGACACCUGCCUUCACAUAGCAAUGCGAGCUCGUUCUAAGGCGAUUGUCGAGGCUCUCCUGCGGAAUCCAAAGAACAGUCAACUCCUGUAUAGAGCCAAUAAAGCUGGUGAAACUCCCUACGCGAUUGAUACGCUCCAUCAAAAGACCAUUCUUGGCCAGGUCUUCGGAUCUCGUCGUCUCAAUACAAAUGAAGAUUCCGAAGGCAUGCUGGGCUAUGAACUGUACUCGUCGGCUUUGGCUGAUGUCCUCAGUGAACCCACCCUCACCACUCCCAUAACAGUUGGUCUCUAUGCCAAAUGGGGAAGUGGCAAGAGUUUCCUACUUAAUAAGCUGCGAGAGGAAAUGAAUAACUUUGCCCAUCAGUGGGCCGAGCCCCCAGUAAGUGCAAGUGGUCUUCUGUUCCUAGUUUGCCUGCAUAUUGCUAUAGUCUUAGGCACAGUAGUUGGCUUAUCCACGUGGUCGACAAUUUGGGGAGCUGGAGCGGGGUCGCUUUUCUUGGUUGUUGUAUACCUGAUUGCUGCCGGGAUAAGGUAUGCUAAUCACAGAAUGGACAUGUACUGGGCGUUUUCUAUACACCACGGAAUAGUCAAAAGAAUCGGGAAGCUAAGGUUGAUACUUCAAGUAGCAUUUUGUCAUCCGCCCGGAGCGCAGAGUGAUGCACAAGCAAAGCCAGUUAGGUUUCACUUCGCCGAGGCAAGUAGUGCAUCGCCGACAGGCGAAGGUGCUGUGGCCCAGAUGUUAUCGAAUCUUUUCGAUGCCAUUGAAACACACUACGGCUGGCCAGCAACUCGCCUCUAUCGUGCCUUUCAACCUAGGGCAAUAAAAGCUUCUUCUGGCUGGCGCUGGCGCCGAAUGUGUUGUGUGCCCAUCGUGUUGGUCUUUGAGCUGGGCCUCUUGACAUUUAUCGCAGGCGUAUGUUUGAUCAUUUCAUACUUCUCCUACCAUCCCGAAGUGGACCGUGACAGCGUGCGUAUGACGAUUUUCGUAAUAGCUGCCAUUUUAAUAACCGUCGUAUCUACAAAUUUGCACGUUCUUGCCAAAGCAUUUGGUUCACUGUUCAUCUCACAAGGAAGACAUCUGAGGAAAUCAGUGCGACACAAUGAAGGAGCACCAUUGUCGGCACUUGGAGCAGAAGUAGCUCUUAUGACUGAUAUGGUUAAGUGCCUUGAUGCCUUUAAAAACCAACAAAGCCGGCUUGUAGGCGUUAUAGACGCUCUAGAUUCUUGUGAUACCGAACGCAUUCUGUCUGUAUUGAAUGCCGUUCAAACUCUACUUUCUGCCCCCAAUCGUCCAUUUGUGCUGCUCAUAGCCGUCGAUCCUCAUGUUAUCGCCAAAGCAGCUGAAGCUAAUAGUCGUCGUCUUUUCACCGAAGGUGGAAUCGGUGGUCAUGAUUUUUUGAGAAAUCUCGUCCAUUUGCCUGUUUAUCUACAAAACUCCGGACUACGUAAAGUACAACGUGCACAAAUGACUGCUUUGCUCUUCAAACGGAACUAUGCUGACUUCCAAUCAGAUGAACCAACUUUGGGGCACUCAGUGUCAGCUCGUCGUCUAUCGAAUGCAUCUGAAAUUAUGUCAAGUCAAGAGAAACUUCGAGCUCCACUGAAUCCUAAUCGAGGUGGUAGUAAAAAACUGCGCUUAUCAGAGUCGGUGGCUAGUUCUAUCGGUUCGAAUCUACAUCGUAUUGGACAGAAUCCUCAGGGUGUUUUAGAUAUGUCAAAAAUUAUGUUAACAGAUGACUACUUUAGUGAUGUGAAUCCAAGAAGUAUGAGAAGAUUAAUGAAUGUGAUCUAUAUAACAGUUCGACUUUUGAAAGCAUUCCAAAUAGAUUUUAGUUGGUAUCGUUUAAGUUCAUGGAUUAAUUUAACAGAACAAUGGCCUCUGCGUGCUAGUAUGAUUGUCCUGCAACAUGAUUACGCUAUGGACUCCUUAGAUGAUUCUGUUUCCUUACAAAGUGUUUAUGAAAAGGUUCGCCCAAAACUAGGAUGCCUUCGAGAAGCAGCAGCUUUACUUGAACUUGAUCGUGACGAGCGGAAGCUCGAUGCCUUUCUGCAGCUACACAAAUCUGAUUUGUUGGUUGCUGACCUUAGAAUAUUUCUUCCAUUUACAAUUAAUCUAGAUCCAUAUUUAAGAAAAGUAUUAAAAGAGGAUCAACAAGCGAUUGAAGAUGAAGGAGCUAUAGUCAUCCAAUCAAAACCAAAUAUACCACCGCCAGUUCGCAUGCCACAGUCAACGUAUAUGGCACCGCCUUAUGCACCAUACCAAGUAUUCCAAAAUGAAGCAAUGUACAAUCCAAAUGUGAUGCAUCCCCAACCUGGUCUUAUUCCCGACGUUCGAACUCCAGUAACUCCAGCCAUUCAUUCUCCAAUUGAUUCGUUCCCAGAAGACAUUUUACAAAUAAAUCUGUCAGAACUGUCUGUGGAUGGUGUUGUUGGUCUUUUGGAACGUAUUGAAGAUUUGAAACCCGCCUUGCCAAAGCUAGCUCCAGUUUUAAAAGAGAACUCUAUUUCAGGAAGAGUUCUUAAACACUGUGAUAUAAAUGAUUUAAAAUCGGUAUUAGGUCUUUCAUUUGGUCAUUGGGAAUUGUUUCGAUUGUUAAUUACAACACUGAGGGAUUGUGAAAAAAUGCAGAGGAAACCUAAACUAACACCAGCCAUAACCACCGAUAAUAUUAAGGAAGCGCCAGAAAUUCACACCCUUGCCCCAAGUGCGCCGCAUUCCCGGAAGAAUUCCAGUACCAGUCAUAUGGAGAAACAGGUUACUCUUGAAGAGCAAAUGAUUUGUGGUGCCUUGCAAACACUUAACGAAGAAGCUUUUGAAGAUGUGGCUAGUAGUGAAAGACCCAGUCCAACCGGGUUACCAACAGAUAUAGAUCUACAAACAGGCUUUUUCCAAACCCCAACAUUGCCUACAGCAUUCUCUACUCCACCAUCACCGUUAAUUCAACGUCGUGAUUCCAUAUUAAAACAAUCAACAUCAUUCACUGGUGGAACAUCAAUUAAGACUGACAAACGUGUCUCAAUCAAACAGGGAAACAAUAAUCUGCCACACAUCGAGUAUGUUUCGGAGAAACAAACAUUACCCUUGGAACGAAAAAAUAGUAAACUUCCAUCAGGUCGACCAGCAUCAUUGGUUAUAACAAAGAACGAAAAAGUAGCUCAGUUCAAAUUGGUUCGAUCAUCGUCAAUCGAUUAUGAAGAUAUCGAAGGACAAACUGUGAAUAAGGCUGAUCAGCCAGAAGAUGAAUCGGCACCUUUAGUAUUUACCGUGAAUAAAAAAUAAUUAGAUUUUAAGUUUAAAGAAGAAAAAAAAAAGAAUAUUUUAGUAAGAUAAAAAAUUAGAUAUAGCACAAAUCCAGAUAUUACAAACUACGAUGUUCAAUACACAGGGUUGUUAUAUAAAAAAAAAUAUACUGAUAAAUAAAACGAAAGUAUUUAAUUUAUUAAAAAUCAAAUAA